AUGAUAGCCCCUGGAAUACAACAACCGGAUAUGCUAGGUGUCACCGCGAAGCCUAACGAAUUGCAGACAUCAACUCGCGUCGACAUUCCGAGUGAGUUGCCAACCCAAUUUACGCGGACAUUGAAUAAAUCAACGUCACCAUCAAAUAGAGAGGAUUUAGAUGUUGUUGCUGCUACUGCCGGUGUAGUCCUAAAUGUUAAAUGCCAUUGCAGUAGGGCGGACGAUGAUUUGGAAUUCAAUUCUCAGGGUCUAUAUUGCAUACACACCGUUCAUUGUUAUGAAUUACCAAUGAGAUUUAAAUUUUUGCCAAAUUCGAUAGCGGCUAGAGCCAACCAACUGGGCAUGUCCGAUGACAAAUUUCUAGCUGAUGAAAAACGCUGGUGGCCACCACCCAUAUUCAUAAUUUUCAUAUCACUAUUAGAGAUUGGAGUUUUUAUUUACGAUUACGUAACCGUGAAGCCGCACAGUGAACUGAUUAGCACCAGUAUUCCGAGUGAAUCGCUGCUGAUUUAUCGCCCCGAUCGCCGCCUAGAGAUAUGGCGUUUUCUCACAUACAUGACACUGCAUGCAAAUGGCUUUCAUUUGGCUUUCAAUGUCAUUGUUCAGCUGCUCUAUGGACUGCCGCUGGAGAUGGUACAUGGCUCCGCACGUAUUGCCGUCAUUUAUAUGGCCGGUGUUCUAGCCGGUUCCCUGGGCACCAGUGUCAUUGAUUCCGAGGUGUAUUUGGUGGGGGCGAGUGGUGGUGUUUACGCUUUACUGGCAGCUCAACUGGCAAAUGUCAUGAUUAAUUUUGGCCAAAUGCGCUAUGGCGCCUCUCAACUAAUGGCAGUAUUAAUAUUUGUUUUUUGCGAUACCGGCUAUGCCUUUUAUAGUAAAUAUCUCACAGAAGACGCCAUGGAUUUCAUACCGUCGGUGUCAUAUAUAGCCCAUUUGACAGGAUCUCUGGCCGGAUUCUCAAUUGGACUCUUAGUGCUAAUCAAUUUCGAACACAAAUCUCAAACGAAUUUAAUACGAUGGCUGGCCUUUGGCGUCUAUGCGUCAUUUGUUCUGUUUGCAAUUGCAUUUAAUCUCGUCAAUACGAUUACAGCUCAAAAACUCGAAGAGGAAGGUGAAGUUAUCAGACAACAUUUGCUGCAUGAUUUGGGUAUCUCUUAA